GAGCUCCAAUUUCCCAUAAUGCAUUGAGGAAACGUUUUGAUCCAAUUCACUUCAUGAGAUCGGGGAGGCACUCACCGCUAUGAAGCGAAAAGAAACGACAACUGGCGAAUCCUCAUUAUUCGGCUGAAAUGAUUUAGGAGUUCGUAAGCUAACAAUCAUAUAAGAAACAUGCGGAUAGGAUACGUCUCGAAAAUCCAGAACGAGCUGUAGUUUCUGCAGUGUACAUACCCUUAAACUCGGAGGAUUUUCCCCCGUCGGCCGCUUCGCACCGACCAGGCAAUGACAACGGCCUCCGCAACCCCGCAGCAGAUGAGAGAGCGGCUGCUGCAGGCCAUCGACAGCCAGAGCAAUAUCUGUAACAUGGUUGCAGUCCUUGAUGUUAUCACCUAUUUGGAGAAAUACCCAAUCACUAAAGAAGCUCUUGAGGAAACUCGCUUGGGAAAGCUUAUUAAUGAUGUCAGAAAGAAAACGAAAGACGAAGACCUUGCUAAACGUGCCAAGAAACUCCUUCGAAACUGGCAGAAACUGAUUGAACCUAGCCAAAAUGACUCUUCUUCUCGAGGAGUGCAAGGCACCCCAGGCUCAGCCAAUGGCAGUUCUCAUCCGUGCCGAACAGAUACACCUCCAACUGUUCCCCCACCCAGCAAAAAAUCUCCAGAACUUAAAAACAGAAAUGAUGUCCACAACACUUACUCAGCUACAGCAGAAAAGUCUAGAAACCGAAAACACAGGGGGGACCAAAGGGAUGGUCCACAUCCACCCACUAAAAUACACAAAACAUUCACGUACGGGCACACGUUUUCUUCCACCCCGCCAUCAAAUGGAUUUAGUGGCAGCCCUGAGCCUUUCCUAGAAAAACAAGAAGAUGCACCUUCUGAUAGAAACUGCCCAGAGCAUCUUGACAAUGACAAACAAAACAAAAUCCCUGUUAAUGCUGUUAAGCCUCAUCCGAGUUCUCCAGGGCUUACCAGACUCCCCAGCACUUCAUCCUUACUCAAAACAUCAGUGUUACAGCAGCAAACAAGAACAGAAGGAGACGGAGGUGACAAACAUCCAGUCAGUAGCCCUCAAUUCUCAUCAAGUCCACAUAGUGUAGCUCGUGAGACAGUGGCUAAGAGGUCUUCAGCUUAUGCAUCAAAAGGGACUCUGUUGAGCCCAUCUCAUAAUUCUGCCCAAGUGCCCUCUCUCUUGCCUUUAACCUCCCCAAAUCAAAUGUCUCACGCUGAUGGUCGUCUAACUCUAGACCUAGAGGACUCUGUUCCCUUCAACAGAUCUAUUGAGAGAACCUCUGAAUCCCUUCAUAACAGUACAGCACAGGAGCCUUCAGAACUGUCCAGGCACAAUUUCUCACCUGAGGUUCCUAAAGCUGGGUCCGAAAGUGCAAACAAAAAAAGAAAGAAGUACAGGUCUAGGGACUACAUGGUAAAUCUUCAAGGCCAGUCCUCAGAGGACAGGACGAAGCCUGUGCGCUUAAAAGAGCGCAGAUUGACUUUUGACCCAGUGACAGGACAAAUCAAACCCCUCACUCCAAAGGAAUCUCACCAAGAGGAGGAAUGCCAGGGACCACCAGUUUUCGAACCUGCGAGGAUUGAGACCCCCCAACAGAGGCCACCCACGACUGCUCAAAAUCCUUUCCAGCAAACGAACUGGAAGGAGCUGUCCCGAAACGAGAUCAUUCAGUCCUACCUUAAUCUUCAGAGUAAUGUUCUGACUUCCUCUGGAGCUCAGACCCAUGGUGCACACUUUUUCAUGACCGAAUAUUUGAAACAAGAGGAAAACGCUGUUCGAGAAUCAAGGAAGACUCAUGUUUUAGUCCCGAGUGGCUUGACCGCUGAACUGCCAGGCGUAAGUCGAGAGGUGACACAUGAGGACCUUCACAGAAUAGACCAAGAGCACUGGCCAGGAGUUAAUGGAUGUUAUGACACCAAUGGAAACUGGUAUGAUUGGACAGACUGUAUAUCUUUGGAUUCUCAUGGUGAUGAGACCAAACUGAAUAUUCUGCCAUAUGUCUGCCUAGACUGAGAAAACGGCUCUGGUGGCUUUUGGUUUUCAUCACCCCCACUGUGAGUUUGAAAAAAACAAGUCAGAACUUCUUUAUAUUCAGUACUGAAGUUUUUGACACAUGGAGUGAAAAGGGGGGCUCUUCGGUUUUCUUAAAUGAAAAAAAGGUAAUUAACUAGAUGUCCUGUUUGUAAUGUGCUGCUACCAACAAAAAUUUGCAAACUAGAUUUGUAAAUGAUGGCUCAGUCAGAGUAACUGGGCCGGUUAUUGCACAGUGUGUAUAGGAGUCAGAGCACUAAGCAGUGCAGGUUGGAAAGCAAGUCAGAAACUUGUUUGGCAGUUACAAAAAAAAAGCUUUAUGUGACCUUAAAGAAUAAAUUAUACUUUUUUUUA